CUCAUACUGUGCCCUUUCUAUUGCUUUCUCCUUUCAUCCUCCUAUUUCCCAGGCUGACUGCUUGUGGAUCACAAUCAAGUCCACUAUCCAGUUCUUUGCGCUCUGACAGAAUCAUGCUGGCUGUACGUGGCCCCCUUUUCUUCCCUGGCCUGCUGAUAUGGACUAUACAGAGCUGUAGUUCCUUUCUGCUGCCCACUGGAACAGUUCUCCAGCCACACCACCAAAACAGCACGGACAGCUUGGGAGCGUCCAUGGACUUUCCUAGUGUUUCUGUGUCGAAGAGCAGACGUAAGCGUUACAUCUCUUCACUCGACAUGGCAGCACUCUUGGAGUAUCACAACCGUGUGCGCUCACAAGUGUUCCCACCAGCUGCUAACAUGGAAUACAUGGUAUGGGAUGAAAGACUUGCAAAGUCCGCAGAAGCCUGGGCAUCACAGUGCAUUUGGGACCAUGGCCCAUCACAGCUCAUGAAGUUUGUAGGACAAAACUUGGCUAUUUACUCAGGAAGGUACCGGUCGAUAACUGAGCUUGUGAAGUCAUGGCAUGAUGAGCGCCACUAUUAUUCAUAUCCUUAUCCCCAGGAGUGUACGCCGAGCUGCCCCAAUAAGUGUAGUGGGUCAGUGUGCUCUCAUUAUACUCAGAUGGUGUGGGCGAGCUCUAACAGAAUCGGAUGUGCCGUGAACUCCUGCUCCAAUAUGAACGUGUGGGGAAACACAUGGCGGCAGGCGGUGCUGCUGGUGUGCAAUUAUUCAAUUAAGGGUAACUGGAUCGGAGAAGCCCCAUACAAAAUGGGACGUCCGUGCUCAGCCUGCCCCCCAAGUUAUGGUGGAUCCUGUAGUAAUAAUUUAUGCUUUUCUGGUAUAAAGUCAAAUAAAGUGAGCUGGUUUUGAUGUGUCAUCUGCAGUUAGUGAUGAGACAGGAUGAAGCAUCCAUAAAGAAACAGAGACUAAAUCUCUAAAUGGAAAAAUGUCCAUAAAGUUGUUUAUUUAGCAAGCACUGCAUUAUAAAAUACAAUUUGUACUCUCCUUCUGCCAAAUAUUAAAAGGCUGAAAAAGCAAGCUAAUCUAGUUAAUCACUAGGAUUUCACUGAAGAAUGUGAAUUAACUGGUUUUCUGAUAUCGUAUGUAAUGCACUAAUUGUCCAUUUAUCAAUUUGUUUUCUGACCCACUAUAUCCAGUUUUUCGGAUUGUAAGAAACUGAUGUCUCCCCCAGCAGCACUGGGUUCAAGAAGAAUGGCCGUUUAUCACAGAAAACCUCCACGCACACACCCACUCUUUCAGUUGCCAAUUCAUCUAACUCCUUUUUAAUUUCAACAGGGCUGUAAGGCAUGAUGGGUAGAUGAAGGAUCUUAGCAUAACAUGUAACCUUCUCAAGCCUUCAUAUUGCAGUUUUAGGGUAACAGGAUGCCAGACCCCAUCCUGGUAGCGCUGGCCAUAAAACUGACGCCACUCACAGAGCUAAUUUGGAUUCACCAAUUAACCAAACGUACAAAUGGCAGGAUGCUUGAUCCGUGAGGCACAGUUGGUGUCACCUGGAUCUUGAUCAUAAUGAGUUUCUUACAGGGAUUGGCACAUAGAGGGUAUGGGCCAUAUGAAGACAUGAUAGUUACCACAUAGUUAUAUUUAUAAGGUAAAGAUGACCCUCCCACCUUUAAAGAUUUUUUUAAAAUAACUUAAUGUUGAACUUCUUUUGCUCUGGUGCCGUGCAUUUUUUCUUGAUUAUGUUAUGUUAAUAUAUAUGUAUAUUUAACAUAACCUAGUUAAUAUAUCUCAGAUAUACAUACAUAUAGAGUAUAUACAUAUUUCAUUGUUAUUAUUUAAUCUUGUCUUUGUACUUUUACUGAAAGAGCUCUGUUAUUUCCAUUGCAAAAUGUAUAAGCUAAACAUAUAUAAAGCUGAAAUUCCAUAUAUUCUCACGUAAAAAUCGAAACCCGAAAAAUCAAUCAUAAAAUCAGACCCCAACUUAUAUGCCUGUUCAAAACUGUGAAAAAAAAAAACUUUUUUUCAGUUCAGCUUCUCAGACGCAUAGAAUUUUGUUUCAGCAGUGCAGUUACCAAUUUCUUUCGCUACUUCAAUGACUUUUAAUUUAAAACUAGCUUCAUAUUUUCUGCUGA